GGUGGGAGGUUGAAGCCCGGGGGCGGGAGUUGAGGUGUGUGUGAGCACCUAGACCCCGGCCAUGAAGAAGAUCUUCGGCCUCGGGAGUAAGCAGGGGCAGCCGCCUCCAGGCUUUGUCACCAGACUACAGAAGAUCAGGGGCACCGUCGCCUGUGACACUGGCAGCAUUGAUGAGACCUUCACGGAGCCCAGGACUGCUCUGCAUUUGGCCUGUGCCAAGGGCCAUAUAAAAGUGGUGAGGCUCCUGCUGAGCAGAAAAUGUGAGGUUGAUGUGGGUGAUAAUGAAGGCAGGACGCCUUUGAUGAAGGCUGUACAAUACCAGGAAACGGAAUGUGCGUUUAAUCUGCUAGAGUAUGGAGCAGAUCCAAAUGUAACGGAUGACUACGGCAACACUGCUCUCCACUAUGCUGUGUACAAUGGGAAUAUGGUUUUAAUCACAAAACUGCUUUCAUGUGGUGCGAAUAUCGAAGCCAAAAACAAGAAGCAACUGACACCACUUUUACUUGCCAUAAAUGGAAAAAGUCUUAAAACGGUGGAAUUUUUGGUAAAGAACAAAGCAGAUACAAAUGCAGUUGAUAGACAUGAAAGAAAUUCCCUCAUACUUGCAGUACGUUCUCAGUCAGAGGAUAUAGUCCAAUUUCUUCUUCAGCAAAGUAUCAAUGUCUUUUAUCAAGAUGUCUUUCAAUUGACUGCAGAAGACUAUGCCAUUAAUAGUGGUUAUAAAGUGUAA